AUGAAUGGCGCAGCCACUGAUCCGCAGCUUCAGGUGCCGGUGAAGGAGAUUCAACGGCUCAAGUAUCCCGAAGAGAUCAGCCCUGAGCUCUUCGAAGAAUUUGCCGCCAAGAGUGAGCCCGUGAUUAUCGAAGGUUUGAUCGCCGACUGGCCAGCAUUUGCCGAUGCAGAGCGCAACUGGCAGAAAAGCAGAUGGGACGACCUCAUGCGGGACGAGGUCCUGGAUGUGGGUUUUGAUCCGGCGGAUAGCCGGAUGAUGCAUUUUGGAGACGACUCCGGGGAGCCUGAGGUCCUCUUUAACCCUGGCCGGCUCCGGCUCCCUGCUUGGGCAUUCCGAGAGGUCGCGCUGCUGAGGCAAGAUAUCCUUCGUCUCCGUGAAGAAGAAGGUGGUGUGGACCUAGCCAAGCAUGAGAACCUGCGUCGGCGAUUGUCGCGUGAGAGGCGAAGUCUCAAUUCAGAACGUGCCGUUCCUGGCCGUGGAUGCAGACUCGCCGCUGCAUUUCUUCGCGCCCUUGGAAUGCAAAAUACGGGACUUGGUGCCACUGUCGUUUUACCUCUCCCAUGA